AUGGCAUGCACUGAAGAACCUGAGAUUCGAUCGGAUAUUAUGGUGGAUUGUACUAGUCAUUUUACAGCUAAACAAGUUUUCGACAGCAAAGAUGAAUUACUCACUUGGGUACGAGACAUUGGAAGGAUAAAUGGCUUUGUUAUUAUUAUAAGGGCAUCGGACUAUGGUGGCGGUCGUAAGAGACCAAGAAUUUAUCUUACUUGUGAACGGAGUAGGAAGUAUAGAUUGCGUAAAAAGCUGAAAGAUGGCCCAAAAGACUUAUUGAGACAAACUGAUACGAAGAAGUGCGAAUGUCCAUUUGAUUUGAGGGCAUUCAAGUUGAAAACAAACGAUGAAUGGACAUUGAAUGUAGUUUGCGGGCUGCAUAAUCAUCUAGCUGCGGAGCAUCUCCAAGGACAUUCAUAUGCAGGGAGAUUGUCAGCUAAUGAAAAGUCGCUAUUAGUUGAUAUGUCAAAGAGCCUAGUAAGACCAAAAGAGAUUCUCAUUACACUCAAACAGAGGGAUGCCCUUAAUAUGAGCACAAUGAAGACAGUUUACAAUGUACGACAUCGAUGUAGGGUUCUACAGAAAGCUGGUAGAUCCCAGAUGCAACAACUGCUGGGUGAAUUAGCGAAACAUAAGUACAUUGAGCGUCAUCGAUGUGAGGAAGGCUCUAUGACUGUCACGGACUUGUUUUGGGCACAUCCAGUGAGUUUGGAUUUACUUCGUACAUUCCCUCGCGUGUUGAUUAUGGAUUGCACAUAUAAGACGAAUAGAUAUCGGCUUCCUCUUCUUGAAAUUGUAGGAGUAACAUCAACUCAUAUGACAUUCUCCGUGGCUAUCGCAUACUUGCAAACUGAGUGGGUUGAUAAUCAUGCAUGGGCGUUACAAACAUUGCGUGAUCUUAUGGACGACAGUGUUUUACCUGAAGUCAUUGUCACAGACAGAGAGCUUGCUUUGAUGAAUGCUAUUGACAACACCUUCCCGAAUGCUCGACAUUUGUUAUGUCGUUGGCAUAUUAAUAAGAAUGAAUACAAUGAUCACCUUGCAACACUACAUAAGGAUUUCAGUAACUAUCCGGAGGCAAUCAAAUAUGUUACUGUGAGUUGGUUGAAUCCGUAUCAAGAAAAAUUCAUUGCGGUACAUACAGACAUGUGCAUGUAUUUUGGCAAUGUUACAACCAAUCGGGUUGAGAGUGCUCAUGCUAGAUUGAAGAGGCAAUUAGGUUCAAGUCAAACGACAUUUGAGGUUUCAUUUGAAAAAAUACAUUGUCUACUUGAGUUGCAACACAUUCAAGUUAAAGCAUCAUUCGAGAAGAGUUUGACAACUGUACAACAUCAAUUCAAACCUUCUCAAUUCAGAGAGCUCCGGGGUAAUGUGUCUAUUUGUGCAUUGGAGUAUGUAUUAGCAGAGAGCAAGAGAUCAAAUUUAGUUGGAAUUGAUGUUGCAAUAUGUGGGUGUGUUCUUAGGCGCACACAUGGUUUACCUUGUGCUCACGAGAUUGCAGAUUACAUGAGACAAGGCCGUCCUAUUCCACUCAGUAGCAUACAUGUACAUUGGACGCGUCUUACUAUAUGUGUGCAUAAUCCGAAGGAACAGAAGUUGGAAUUGACUUGUAUCCCAGAACUUGAGUUGAUUUUAAAGCGGUUCGAAGAGUCUGAUAUUGCCACGCAAUUGGAUAUGUUAAAGAAGUUGAGGGAAAUUGCAAAUCCAGCUAGCACUUUUCUUAUUGAGCCCGAUGUGAAACCUAAUCCACGUCGAGGACAUAAGAAAAUUGAUGUAUCUUGUCGUCGUGACCCGUGUGCAUUUGAGUUGGUUGAUGAUCAGCAUGAUAGCCAAAACACAUUAGCUUCCAGUCAGUCAAAGAAAAAGAGAGCUUCAAAAGUGCAUGAGAAGAAGCGGAAUGUGAAGACAAAGGCAUAUCGUACAAGAACAAGUUUACCGAGUGCAUAUGCUGCUGACUUCCCGCCUAUGUUAAUACCAUUCAUAAAGUUGAUGAAGGAUGUAGAUGGUGAUGGGAAUUGUGGAUUUCGAACUAUUGCAGGUUUACUUGGUCUUGAAGAGAAUGACUGGGUGCAAGUUAGGCGUGAUCUACUACUUGAAUUGAAUAAUCACAGAGAUGAAUACGUCGUACUAUAUGGGUCGCAUGAGAGGGUUAAGGAGCUGACACACAUCCUUUCAUAUUGUCUCACUUUCUUACCUUUGAGAGCACCGCCGGUAACCCUAGCUGAUCGUCGCGAGAUUGCCAUUAGAUUUGUCAAUGGAAAUCAUUUUGUGCAGGUGUUUUUGAAAGCCGGUCAUCCAGUUCCUCCCAUUGCCAUGCUUUGGCGAGUUCACCAUCACCCUUGUGCGUUAGAAUGGGAGAAUGCAUAUAUUAGCCGCAUUCAAAAAUUCAAAGACAACAUAGGACCUAAUGUAGCUACUCGAGAGACAUUUGAUGUAGUUAACAUAGAUUGA